UCAAGAUCACAACAAUAGAACCAGCUAGUAUCAGGAUCAGACGAGUACCUCCAAGAUCAAACUUGUUUCGACCGGAAAUAGCGGCCCCACUUGUUUCCCAUAAAUUGCCGAAGUCGGCUGCUCGGGCCGAUCAGACUGCAGCUACAGGCGAGCCUCCCGGACGUGAGUGGUGACAGGGAGAAGUGGAGAGAGCGGGUGUGAACAUUUGUUUUGUGUGUAGAAAACCUUCGCUGACAAGUUAUCAAGCAUGGUGCGGUGUUUGAAGGGAGGAUUGUUGUCGUCACUUGGGGCUUUCCUCAUACAAGCUGUUACCAUGGUUACCGUGGCUCGUGCCCAGGACAACACGAUCUCGUACACAGGGCUCUGUGGUCCCACGGCCUGCUGCCAAUCACAGGAGAACGAAUACGUCAGACUGCAGGACAUGAUGGUUCUUCUGGUCCGGCAGGUGGCGCUUCUGCAACACGCUCUUGGAGCGGACCCUGACUUCUACUGGGAUCUGUCGGGUGGGUGUUCCAUCACGGACCGCCAGCGUGCACCAUGCACGGACAUGUGCAGCUCCAACACCAUCUACGCCAACGUCGGGCUUCGCCCUGGACGUGCCAGUGGCGUGCUGCAAACCAUCCCCGGUCCUGACGGCCGACACUGUGCGGUCUCUCUCACCGCCAGCCUGAAACAGUCCAUCGAUCUAGGAAACUUCCGCGCCACGUGCAUCUCUCACCACGGUCUGUGCGGACAGACGGGUUUUACCGUGUCCGUCUGGCUCAAGAUACCGAAGGAAGCGAACAACGGACGUGUAUACCUGCUCUCGUCCGGAGGACAAACUGGGAGCGCCCGAGGUUUCUCUGUCUACGCCACGGGGAACCAGUAUAGCUACACCCCGAGCAACAAGUUUGUCCUAACGGUGUACCUGAAGCAUAAGGACCUGGCCUGGAGGGUUGACACGUCAGAGGUGCCGGACAACACCUGGUUUCAUCUGGCCUUCACUUGGACACGCGCCCUGGGAACGAGGGUCUACGUCAACGGCAACCUGGUUGGUCAGGGGUUCGGGCGACCCACGGGGUUCUCCCAAAACCAUGGCAACACGAACCUCGUCUUGGGACGGUCCAAUCAGAAGGAGCAGUUUCACGCCACGGCAGCCUUCAGUAACCUGAAGAUUUUUACGCGGGAACUUACGGCUUCCCAUAUUGCAUUGCUUCAUGAAGAGAUCAACGCCAUUGGUGUUGGGUCACGUGACUUCUAAACAGUAUUGUAGUGCGCUAAACUGUGAUACCAUUCCCAGAAACCUGACGAUAAUACUGACUGUA